UUUACAGAAGCACAGAGGACUCUUCAGCACAGGACCUUUCUCUCAAUUCUCCCUCCUGCCUGGAACAAUGUCUGGCGAGACAGUGUAUGCCGAUAUCAAAAUUACCAGAAAAAAACCUUCCUCUUCCAAACCCCAAGCCCGAACGCAAACCCGGGAAUCCCACCAAUCAACAGAGAAGCACGGGACCGCUCUGAAAGUGGCUUGUGUUGUGAUCAUCAUCCUCCUGGUGGCAGUGAUGGCCCUGAGUGCUUUUGCAAUCAGCCACAUGAGGAUGUACUCACCACAUACUUCAGGGAAUGGUACAGAAAAUUCAGACAAAUGCAGCAGCUGCCCCGGAUCGACUGUGCCUACGAUCACCAUAACAAAAACUCCCAAUCGGAAAACGUGCCCAGCAGACUGGAAGUGGCAUCAAGGGAAAUGCUAUUGGAUUUCCCAGACUGAAAAGAAAACUUGGAACGAGAGUAAAGCGAACUGUACACAAAAGGAUUCAAAUCUGACAAUCAUUAAGGACAUGUGUGAUUUGGGCUUCCUGUGGUCACAGAUGUCAGCCUCAACUUAUUAUUGGAUUGGACUGCACAUUCCAAAUCCUGGGAGCAACUGGACCUGGCCAGAUGGCUCUGGCCUUGACUGGAACCUGUUCCAGGUAAAAGGCUCAGACAAGGGCAUAUGUGCUGUGCUCUCAAGGGAUGGAAUUUAUCCUGAAGACUGUAACAAUACAAGACCCUGGAUCUGCGAGCAGUAGUGUGACCCCCUGAGACCCAAUGAGGUUCCUGUUCUCUGCCUCUGUGACUGUUGGGGACACACAGGCAGCACCUGCCCUCCCCCUGAGCUCUGAUGUUCCGGCAUGCCUAAGGCUUGGGGGAAAUGAUGGGGACUGUCCUCUGGGUUCUUCCUUUUCAUUCGGUAGCCCAGCUGGGUGAUGACUAAGGAAACAGACUGUCCCAACAGGAGGAGACUCCUGUUCUCCUUCCCUCCCCUGCAGCAGCAAAAGGAGGCUGAAUCCUGAGGAAGAGGACUGCUCAACCCCUUGAAUGUUGAUGGACUUCUCUUCAACCAUUUCUGGGCCUGUAGGUGGUAAUUAGAUGGACACAUCUAUCCCAGGAACACUGGGGGCUGUAGAAUAAAGAGAAUUAUAGUUCAAGGAUCUGGGCUCCGGCUAAGUUUGCAAGCCCGAGAAGCUUCAAGUUCAUCCUUAAAAUGGCUCAGUGUGACCUAACUUUCACAUAGUUCAGCACAGCUCAUCCAGUAACCCUGGCUGAGUUUGUAGAACUACUCUGAAAUUACUGCCAUGAUAUUGCUGCUAUGUGGCUAGGUUGCCCCAUGCAUAAAUGAAGCCAGAACAGUAUUGGCAGUGGAAAAGUUAUCUGCCCUAAGCACCUUUUCCUCAUGCAGAUAAGAUCAAUGAAGACUGUGUUAAUUUGAAUACUUACAACACAAACUAAAUUGAAAACAAUGUCACACCCAGGGGUUGGGUGCUUAAAUUGCACAUCUUGAUUAUCAGGUUGAGUAGACAGAGCAUUUCAUUCUUCUGAAGAUGCCCUUAUGUUUCUCCCACUGAGCAUUUGUGAGCAAUUUUGCUUAGAAUGUAUAGAUAAACUGUGAAUUUCUGGGAAGAGAUGGAAUAGUGGAAUAACAUUCGAAA